GAGAAACUGGGAGUGAAGUUGAGUCCAGGAAGAAGGGAGCGGUGAGGGGAAGAGUGCUACUAAUAGGUAUAUUCAUCUCUGAAGUGUGGACCCAGGACAGAUCAGGACCCAUGAGAUUGGAGUGCUUGGGGAACCUUCUGCGGAUAACAUUGAGUGCAGAAUACUUUGAGGACAAAUACUUAUCUUUUUCUGUUGUUGAUCAGUCUGGCAUAGCCUGGGAGCUGGAUGAGGCCAUGGCAGCACAGUGUGGCUAUACAGUAACUUACAGCAAUUGGAGUAGCAUUGAGUUUCGUGCUUCUGCAGCAAGCUGCCAUUCUCACUUAGAGAAAGAUGUAUUCACAGUAACUAUACAAAUCAAAGCAUCUCGUACUCCUGAUAUGAAAAAUGCUACAUCUCAUCUGAAAAGUGCAAGUUGCCAUUAUGGUCCACGGAGUUUGAGAGAGUUAGUAUGUGAACGUAACUACAUGGAGGUUUCUGUCAGGAAGGAGGUUCCACAGCCUAUAAAAGACUUCAUUCGAGAUGCACCUGAGGACUGGAGUCUUGUCUUUCCAGAAGCAAAAGCAGAAGAAGCCUCGAUAUGGCAAAUAGUAUUUCAUCAGCCAGAAGAAAAAAAGGCUCUGCUUGUGAGCGAUGCUUGGAGUGCAGGUUACGGACUCAACACCACAGACACCAGGGUUGUGCUGCGAAUACCACACACUGCUGCACAAGUUCAGCUGGUUGAGGAUCAGGGAAUUAACUUUUCUGUGGUGAGAUCCAGUACAUUUUAUAAACAUCGAUGGAUGAUCCUGAUGGUGGACACUACUGUGGCAUGUCCUGUAGGUGGUGGGGAUUACACUAACAAAACAAUCACCUGGACUGUUCCAAAGUAUUUUCCACCACUCUCUGCUGGAGCAACUAGCUUUAAGGAUGUGCUUGUGGAAGCUGGUGUGGAUCUACACAAACUCUCUGCUAAAGAAAUGGCUUCCAGGAAAUAUGUGUUAUCGAAUGACUUAAAUGCAAUUAUGAUGAAGAUUCCAAUAGGUGCAGAAGGAGGCUAUUAUAAGACUUCUGUGAGCAGUGGACAGCUUGGGGCAAAAUACACCAUCAACCUGUUCCUGGAACACCAGUGGGAAGACAACAAAUGGGGACUAACUAAACAUACUAUCAUCAAGGAAAUAGAAACACCAUUUGAACAAGUAGAACUUGCUAUAACCAACAAUUCAAAUCUGAGUACAAGGUUAAUGAAUGUGACAGUGGGAACAUUCCUCCCAGAUGUGGAGCUUAUGAACUUAACCAUUGAGGGAGUAACUCUUGCUGUACCUCAAGCCAUUCAGCAUGGAUAUAUAAUAUACAGGACCAGAUAUUCUAAUGGAAGCAAAGCAUACAUAAUACAAGUCCCACUUGAUGCCCCAAGCAUUAAGAAAGAGUAUGUGAGAGACAACAUGAGAGCAUACACCCUGAAUGUCACACUCACAUUCAUUACCAGUCCAUCAAGGGAGACCUUCACUGUCCCAGUCAUAACAGUGUCAGCUGUGAGAGAUGCAGUACUGCCCAGUGUGAGAGGAUUUUGUGAUGGGAGGAACCUUCAUCUCAUUAUCACUCAUGGGAAUGUGGACCAAAACUGGCUACCCUUCAUCUCAGACUGGCACCUGACCCCCGAGGCAGCACAGAAGUACAACUACAGUCUGAGGGACAAUGGCACUCACUUGGCAAUCUCUGUCCCUUUCCUUUCUCCCCAUGUGAACUAUGAGGGUUUUCAUACUUCUGGAAUAAAAGCUUCACUCUACUUAACCUUGAAGGAUGGCAUCACCUUGGCUAAUAGGAGGGACUUCUCAGUUUCCUGCAGAUUUUCACCUUCAGAGCUAAUACAAUGCCUGCCCAAUGGCACUGUGAUUAUUACUGCAAUAAAAAUGGUAGGUAUUGCAGACUUGGACAUUAGUCUGCUUGUCUUGAGGGACAGACAGUGCAAACCCAGUCUAGUGACAGAGAAGACUGCAACCUUCAAGUUCAGUGUGAACACUUGUGGAACAAUUAGAAAGUUCAACAGCAUGACUAUGACAUAUGAGAAUGAGGUACUCUAUUUCAGACCUGGCAAUGAUACACCAGUAUACCAGCUGAAAUUUGUCUGCUCAUAUGCAGUCAAGCAGGCUGUUGAUGUCCGAUAUGAAUCUAAGAAGAACCCACUGCCUCAUGUUAAGCCAGGGUUUGGCUCUCUCGCUCUUUCGCUGAAGCUCUUCAAAGAGGAAUCCUAUUCAGAACCCUACCAGGAAUCAGAAUAUCCUGUAGUAAAAUACCUGAGAGAGGCACUGUAUUUUGAAGUUGAACUGCUCCAGCCUAAAGAUGCAAGACUGGACCUCAACCUGGAUGACUGUUGGGCUACAAACUCCCAAAGCCAGGACAGCCUUCCACAGUGGCCCAUUCUUAUAAAUGGGUGUGAAAACAACAAAGACUCCUACAGAACUGUCUUCCAUGAAGUUAAUUAUAGUCUCAGAGUAGAAUUUCCUCAACACCUAAAGAGAUUUGAAGUGAGGAUGUUCACCUUUGUACAGAACUCAACUCUGUUACAAGAGCAGCUGUAUUUCCACUGCAGUGUGGUGAUCUGCAACACCAAGCAACAGCCUUUAGACUUUCUUUGUCCAAGGAGAUGCAAUCCUGGGAAACACAGACUUGCCCGCAGUGCAGAACCACAUCUGCAUGGACAAGUGUCAUCUGGAGCAGUGCUUUUUAGAAAGGAAAACAACUAGCAUAGGUGACUGCACUGACUUCUGACAGAGACUAAAGAACUUAUUUUUGUGAAGUUGC